UGCGAGUAAAGGUGGGAUCACUGGCGCUUUGCGUGGUUAUGCGUCUUUAAUCGGCAGGGCUUGUUGUUCGGUUGCACUUACUGUAAAGUUGAUACUGUGCCUAAGUGUCUUGCGUACUCCUCAUUUGACCUGAAACUUCAUCCGGUUCCGACAUGAAGUCUGGAAAGGAGCUUGAACGCUUUGGAGAGUUGCACGAUUUGCCCAACGACUCUCACUUCUUAAAACCGUACUUACUUAGGCUGAGACAAAAAGCUGAACAAGAGGCCGUCCUAAGAGACCACCUGGAUCUAUCGGACAACUUUUUAAUAAGGUUUCUCAGAGCUAGAGAUUUUGAUGUUGACUUGGCGCUUAAGUUGCUCAUUAACUACCACCGCUGGAGGAAGGAGUGUCCCGAAGUCACUGCAAAUCUGCAUGUGUCCUCCGUCCUCGGCCUCCUCCAAAACCACUACCACGGGGUGCUGAGGUCUCGGGACGCCAGCGGCAGCAGAGUGCUCAUAUACAGGAUUGGUCAGUGGAAUCCGAAGGACUUCACUGCCUACGAGGUGUUCCGUGUGAGCCUCAUAACGUCGGAGCUGAUCGUCCAGGAGACGGAAACGCAGAGAAAUGGACUCAAGGCCAUAUUUGACCUUCAGGGCUGGUGCUUUGCACAUGCCCUCCAGAUUAACCCCUCCCUGGCUAAAAAGAUUUCGGCUGUCCUUACUGACGCCUUCCCUCUGAAGGUGCGCGGCAUCCACCUCCUGAAUGAGCCCAUACUCUUCCACCCCGUCUUCGCCAUGAUCCGGCCCUUCCUGCCGGACAAAAUCAAGCAAAGGGUCCACAUGCACGGCAGCUCCUUCGCCCACAGCCUGUGCCAGUUCUUCCCCCACAGCAUCCUGCCCCCGGAGUACGGGGGCACGGGCGCGGGGCUGGAGGAGGUGUGCCAGGAGUGGACCCGCUUCAUCGUGCAGUCUGAGGACCACCUGCAUCAGCUCUCCACCAACGGUUAUCCUGAGAAAGGAUGUCUGUCUGUCAAGCAAAAGAAACAUUUUUAAAGAAAGUGGGACCAGAAUGAUAACUUUUUUCAUGUGUAAAGUACAAUCUUGGGUGUAUGUGUCCAUAUCCGAAAUGACAUAAUUAUCCAAUACUUCGAUAUGCAUUUCCUUCACUUUAGUCUAGACAGAGGUAUAUAUAUAUAGUAUAGCUCAGAAAAAAACUUGUGAUGUUGUAUAAAUUUACCCAGAUCUCAGUUGAAUUG